CGUUUGUUAUUAUCGGCAUUUGUUUACAAAAAUAAACGACGUGAGUUGCUGUGUAGGUCCCGAUUGGAUCGGUCAAGUACUAAUAUUAUUUAAUAGGCUAUUUAGUAUCGUUAAAACUCUGUAAUAGAAUCUAUAAAAUGCUACCCUUGUCGCUACUGAAGACGGCACAAAGUCACCCAAUGUUGGUGGAGCUAAAGAAUGGCGAAACCUACAACGGGCACUUGGUGAGCUGCGACACCUGGAUGAACAUUAAUCUUCGUGAGGUCAUCUGCACAUCAAAGGAUGGCGAUAAAUUUUGGCGAAUGCCCGAGUGUUACAUCCGCGGCAGUACGAUCAAGUAUCUGCGCAUACCGGACGAAGUGAUCGACAUGGUGAAGGAUGACGUACAGGCCAAGUCGCGAAACCGGCAAGAACUGAACAAAGGCGGCGGUCGCAACCAGGGCGGCGGUGGUGGGGGCGGCCUAGGACAGCAGGGUGGUCGAGGCGGUGGACGCAAUAAUGCCAAUGCCAGCAAUAGAAACACAUUCGGCGGAGGUAAUCGAGCCGGGAAUCGGGCCGGGCUCGGUAACCCCAAUCGAAACGUUCCCAACAAGAAGUAAUCGUGCGAGUCGUUUUAAGGUGUGAAAAAAGAAAAUCCAACCAUGCUGAUGCUGAAUGCUGCUCGAGAGAGUGAAGAAAAGAACUUGAAUAAAAAUAUGUGCUUGAAUUGUGAAUUCAGAGGAAA